AAUGACACUUAACGCCGUUUUGUUUUGCUGGCGAGUUAAAAGUUUCAUGGCGCCGCUGUCGGAGGCUGAUAAACAAACGAACACUUUCCAGCAUUCAGCCUUAUCUUCUAACGACCGAGGCUGAAAGACGCUGUAAAACAGCCUUGGAGCAUUCAGCAAGGACGUAGAAUGUGAUUGGAAUGGAAGCUGGAGGACUGAUUCCCUGAUAGGGUGCAUUGGGUGAGUGCAAACACCAAACGAGUCAGUUGUUCUCUAAUGAUGCAGGGAGAGGACCGGAAAAAAAGGAAACCGAGUUUGAAUCCAAGAGUGUCAGAGGAAUACAGUCUCAGAGAGCGUCCAAAAGAAGAUACGACAAAGAUGAAAAAUAAAGUAUCUGCUUCAAGUGGUAACAGUAAGAAAAGGCCUUGGUCAUGGGAUCAGUAUCUGGAGGAAGAGAGAGCCAUAGCAGCACCUCAGAGAGUCUUUACUGAGAACCAGACAGUUCCUCAUACCAAGAAUGGCUUCAAGGUGGGCAUGAGGCUGGAGGGAAUCGACCCCUUGCACCCCUCCAUGUUCUGCUUGCUGUCCGUGGCAGAGGUGAUUGGCUACCGGUUGCGUCUCCACAUCGAUAGUUACUCAGAAUGCUAUGACUUCUGGGUUAAUGCUGACUCUCUUGAUAUCAGGCCAGCCGGAUGGUGCGAGUCCACAGGUCACAAACUUCACCCACCAAAAGGUUAUAAGAUAAAUGAGUUUAACUGGGAGACAUACUUGGAGGCUUGCAAUGCUCAGGCUGCACCAAAGAAUUUAUUCAAAUCCCAAAACAGUACAACAUCCACCUCGAAGUUCCAGGUGGGCAUGAAGCUGGAGGCUGUGGACAGGAAGAACCCCUGCCUGGUGUGUGUGGCCACUGUGGCGGACAUUGUAGACAAUCGCUUCCUGGUUCACUUUGACAACUGGGACGACACCUAUGACUACUGGUGUGACGCCAGUAGCCCCCAUAUUCACCCUGUGGGCUGGUGCCAGGACCACGGGCGCCCUCUCACAGCACCUCAGGGACACCCCAAUCCAGAGCAUUUUGUAUGGGAGGAGUACUUGGAAGACAACAGCGCUUCUGCAGUUCCAAGCGAAGCCUUUUGUAUGAGAGCCCCUCAUGGAUUUCAGGUCAACAUGAAGUUGGAGGCAGUGGACAGGCGAAACCCAAUGCUGAUCCGUGUGGCCACCAUAGUGGACACUGAAGACUAUAGAGUCAAGGUGCACUUUGAUGGCUGGCACUCAAAAUUUGAUUUCUGGGUAGACUCCGACUGGCCAGACCUUCAUCCUAUGGGCUGGUGUGGAAAGACAGGACAUCCUCUGGAACCCCCACUGACACAAGCAGGACCUUCUGACCUCAAGAGCUCCGUCACACAGGGCGUGUGUCCAACCCCAGGCUGCAGGGGAGUGGGCCACAUCAAAGGCGCAAAAUACACAGGACACCACAGUGCCUUCGGCUGUCCCUACUCAGACAUUAACAUGAAAAAGGAAGUUGUGCUGCCCGAUCGGCUGGGCGGCGAAAAGCAAAUAGCCUUCGUCCCUGUGCACUUUGUGCAAAAGACUAAGCGGCUGUUUUCAGAGGAUGAGGCUAUGGAUGAGGUGCAAGACGGGGAAAGUCACAUGGAGAACAGGGCAGAGCUUUCAGGCUAUGAUGGGGCCCCUCGUCUACGUGGUCGACCCCCAGGCCACGCCAUGGUGAAGCUUAAGGAGGAAACUUCAUCUCAGGGACAGAAAGCGCUCUCUCCCCUGGGGAAGAGGGGCCGGCUGCCCUCCAGGCUUGCCCAAUCGACAAAAUAUCUGCGCAUCAAAGAUGAGGAGGAGGAGAUUGAACUAAAUAGCAUGAUCGCAGAGAGAAACGUGGACAGUCUACAGCAGGCACUGCAUCAGUCAGUCUUCCUGUCGGCCAUGUCUGCUCACCCAGGUCGCGACCUGCCGCUGUGCUGGGAGCAGCACUGUAAACUCCUGCCUGGAGUGGCCGGGGUUCAGGCCAGCCGUGUGGCUGACUGGACAGUAGAGGAGGUGGCUGACUUCAUUCACUCUCUCCCAGGGUGCGAGGAACAAGCCAAGCAGUUUAGAGAGGAGCAAAUCGAUGGCAAGGCGUUCCUCCUGCUGACGCAGCGUGACAUCGUGAAGAUCAUGAGUGUUAAGCUCGGCCCGGCUCUCAAAAUCUACAAUUCCAUCCUGAUGUUCAAGCAUGCCGAAGACAACCAAUCAUCAAACAGCGAUGCCAAUACAUGAAGUCCAUAAAAUCUGACCCUCCCCCUUUGACAAAUGUAUGUGAACACGGAUGUCUACUGUAUUGAUGCAUUCCAGCUCCCCUUUAAUCCUUCCAGUCACCUUGACUUAAAGGUACUCACCCAUAAGGACUCUCUUUAAAGAGGAUCUUUUCAAACCUCUGCCUUUCAGGUUCUAGUGUCUGUCCUCCCUUCGACACAGCUUUCAAAUCUGCCUUGAAACGUCUAAAUGGCGUAAAAGCAAAGGUCAGCUUCACCCAUAUGCCAGCAGCAGUUCUUCUAUUCUGUCAUGGGCCGAACCCACCUUCUCCUCCUCCUUCUCCUCCUGUAGUUUCCUCCUUCAUACAAAACUCAACGAAAUGACAAUCAACAACACAAAGUAAACAACAAACAGCAUACCCAGCUUUCACAACAGGGGUUUCAUGGUGAAGGUGCUAUUUAUAUCAAGUAUAACAAACUAAACAGCAGUUGAUAGCAGGUUUCAGUCUCUGGUACAGCAAAUGAUUAUGUCUACUGACUAAACCUGGGAGAGGCCCUUAGUGAUCACUGCUCCUUAUUUUAGUAUCUAUUUUGUAUAGAUGAUAUAUAUAUAAAUAUAAAUAUAUAAUUUUCUCUGUACCUGCUGAUUCAUCACCUUUAUUUAUUGUGCAAAUCUCUCUGUUUGCACAGUUGAAGGAAAAUUAAUAUAUUGUAUAUUAUGAAUUUCAAAAUGCCAAAAUGAUUUUUUUUAAAGAUUAAAAAAAUGUUUAUUUUUGUGAUGUAUUGCACAUUAGCCCCGAAGACUUCUAGAGGUCAAAUAUCCAAAACCCUUGUAUGGACAUUCAUAGAAAUCUGAAUUGAUAUUUGAGUUGUAAUUUAAAGUAGCUAGAAUACUUUGAGUGUCAUUUCUGUGUUAAGUGCAUUCUUAUUCCGGUAAAAGUAGACUUGUUAGGCUUAUCAGCAGUGAAUCAGGAUCAGUAAAGCUGGGUGGAGAGACAGCUUGGCAAGUCUUUCUUGUACAUUUCAUGAAAGAUCAUAGACCGCACUCUACCUUCAUAAAUCUGCUCAAUCAGGGGGAUUUUUUGGUAACUAUUUAAGAGCUUCUAAAAAUGCACACCCAUAAAAAUGUCUAUAUAUUUGCUAUACAUUUUUUAACUAUUCCAAAUGGAAGUUGUCAGCUCAGAUGUGUUUGCUAAAGUUAGCCAAACGUCAAUGAAACUUAAGCAAUGUAAACCUGUUUCUUGUCCUUUUCCUGCUUUCCUGUUUUCUUUCAUUUGCCUUGGGCCAGCUCAGUUCCAAAAUGAAGAGCACCAGGUAUUUUGUUCCUUUACGACAUUUUCUUGAGGCUCCUGUUAAAUGCAUGGUGCAAUGCUACAAUAAGCUGGUUCCACCACCAGUCUCUGUUUCCAAAUGUCAACUGAUUUAACCUUGAAAUGUACUGUAAAUAUUUGUUAAUCCGAUUUCUUACACUGAAUUUACACUUUGUACAACACAUUCACAAGCUCACAACCCAAAUAAUAAACAGUGCAAAUUCCC